GGCGGAUCUUGCACGAUUUCCAGGGCGAGCUUGCUCCGAAACAUAUACCGUGGAAGGCAGGUCAUGCAAAACAACAAACCAACCAAGAUAUCUAUCGUGGCUACCUACCUCCUACCCAAGUUUGUAGCGCGUUUUAUUUUUCCUGCCUGUUUAUAAGCUCUCAGGACGCUGUUACAGGGGCCUGACUUUUUUCUCCACUCAGCCUGUGGGUGACGCCUUGCUCAAACCUCAACCAAGCAUAGCCGCAUUCGCUGGGGCACGUUGGCAGAGUCUGACUGCUCAUUGGGACCUUUGCCGCGUGCAACAUAGCUAAGCCCCAUGCUCCGUCGUCGCCAACAGGCUGUGACGACAGCCGCUGCAGAUCCUCGCGACGCCCAUAAAAGAGCGAUGGAACCUGCUGCUACGGAACAAAGCGCGCUCCUCGCGGGCGACGGACCAGAGUCCAACGCAUCCGGCGAGCAGCAUCCGACCAACAUGACCUGGAGCCACCGAAACAAAUGGAUUGUCUAUGCCGUCGCGAGCGGCGCUUGCGCUGCGCUGAACGGAGUCAUGGCCAAGUUAACUACCACCGAACUCACUUCGAGCUUCUCACAAAGUAUAGCACGAGUGCUUGGCAUGUCCGCAAUUGAAGGCACAGUUGAAGCUGUUGUACGAGCGGGGUUCUUUGGUCUGAAUCUGCUCUUUAACGGUGUUAUGUGGACACUCUUCACCCAGGCACUUGCCAAAGGAAAUUCAACGACCCAGGUGUCCAUCAUGAACACCUCCUCCAACUUUGUUUUGACUGCAUUGCUGGGUUUGGUCAUCUUUUCCGAAUCGCUCCCGCCUCUCUGGUGGCUUGGCGCUUCAAUGCUGGUUGCUGGCAAUGUCAUCAUUGGACGCAAGGACGAGAGUUGCCCGACUGAAGCUGCGGCGUCAAGUGCCGGGUCUGGGUACGAAGCAGUCCCGCAGGCCGACGGGGUGCUUCCAGCGGAGGAUAAAGACGACGAAGACAUCCCAGAGCUUGGUAACCUUAGCCCGAGAGAAGAAGCUAGGUAGGACGCCUUGGACACGAGUUGUCUAUUGGAAGGGGAAGAGGCUACAGUGUUAAUCUCUUAGCCCAAAGCAUUAAUGCCAUAAAAAAGCGACUGUUCAAAAGAUGUAGACUAAGACUUCAUAUAUUUAUAUAUUGUGAAACCCAAUCCGAACUCCGCCGCAUCUUCCAC